AUGGGUUCCAAGAGGCGAAGAGCUACCUCUCCUUCCAGCAGCGUCAGCGGAGGAGACUUUGAUGAUGGCCACCACUCCACAAAUAUACCAGGCCCAAGCAGAAAGAGGAGGAGACUUUCCAACCUCCCAACUGUAGAUCCUAUUGCUGUAUGCCAUGAGCUUUACAACACCAUCAGAGAUUACAAAGAUGAGCAGGGCAGGCUCCUUUGUGAGCUUUUCAUUAGGGCACCGAAGCGAAGAAAUCAGCCAGAUUAUUAUGAGGUGGUUUCUCAGCCAAUCGAUUUAAUGAAAAUCCAGCAAAAGCUAAAGAUGGAGGAGUAUGAUGAUGUGAAUGUGCUGACUGCUGAUUUUCAGCUUCUCUUUAACAACGCGAAGGCUUACUAUAAGCCUGAUUCUCCUGAAUAUAAAGCUGCCUGCAAAUUAUGGGAGUUGUAUUUGCGCACAAAAAAUGAAUUUGUUCAGAAAGGUGAUGCUGAGGAUGAAGACGAAGAUGAGGAAGGACAUGACAAUCAAGGCACAAAUUCUGAAUUAUCAUCUCCAGGUUACCUGAAGGAAAUUCUUGAACAGCUUCUUGAAGCUGUAGCUGUUGCCACAAACCCAUCAGGACGCCUCAUAAGCGAACUGUUUCAGAAACUUCCUUCUAAAGUGCAAUAUCCAGAUUAUUAUGCAAUAAUAAAGGAGCCUAUAGAUCUUAAAACUAUUGCUCAAAGGAUACAGAAUGGAACUUACAAAAGCAUUCACGCCAUGGCCAAGGACAUAGACCUUCUGGCAAAGAACGCCAAAACCUACAACGAGCCUGGAUCACAAGUAUUCAAGGAUGCAAAUGCAAUUAAGAAGAUAUUUAAUAUGAAAAAGGCUGAAAUAGAGCACAGUGAGUUGGCCAAGUCAAGUCUCCGAAUCAGUAACAAAAGAUCAGCCCAAGGGGAUCGUUUAUCAGCAAUAACCAUGGCAUUGCAGUAUGGAUCCGAAAGUGAUGAGGAUGCAGCUUUGGCUGCUGCUGCUCGUUAUGAAGAGGGAGAAUCUGAAGCUGAGAGCAUUACUUCCUUCAUGGACACUUCUAAUCCUCUUUAUCAGCUUUAUGACACAGUUAGAAGUUGCCGAAAUAAUCAAGGCCAGCUCAUCUCUGAACCUUUUUUCCAUUUGCCCUCCAAGAAAAAGUAUCCUGAUUAUUAUCAGCAGAUUAAAACACCUAUUUCAUUGCAACAGAUCAGAACCAAACUGAAGAACCACGAGUAUGAAACUUUAGAUCAGUUGGAGGCUGAUCUGAACUUGAUGUUUGAAAAUGCCAAGCGCUACAAUGUUCCCAAUUCUGCCAUCUAUAAGAGAGUACUGAAAAUGCAGCAGGUUAUGCAGGCAAAGAAGAAGGAACUUGCUAGGAGAGAUGAUAUUGAGGAUGGAGACAGUAUGAUUUCUUCUGCUACAUCAGAUACUGGAAGUUCAAAAAGGAAAAGUAAAAAGAAUAUACGAAAGCAACGAAUGAAGAUCUUAUACAACGCAGUUCUGGAAGCUCGAGAACCAGGCACAGGCAGACGACUCUGUGACCUGUUUAUGGUUAAGCCAUCCAAAAAGGACUAUCCAGACUAUUAUAAAAUUAUUUUGGAGCCGAUGGACUUGAAAAUGAUAGAACACAACAUCCGCAAUGAUAAGUACCCAGCAGAAGAAGCCAUGAUUGAAGACAUGAAGCUCAUGUUCCGAAAUGCAAGACAUUAUAAUGAGGAAGGCUCCCAGGUAUACAAUGAUGCCCAUAUGCUGGAAAAGAUCCUUAAAGAAAAAAGGAAAGAACUGGGACCACUAGCUGAAGAUGAUGAUGUUGCAUCCCCUAAACUAAAGCUAAGUAGAAAAAGUGGCAUUUCUCCUAAAAAAUCGAAAUAUAUGACUCCAAUGCAACAGAAAUUGAACGAGGUGUAUGAGGCAGUGAAGAAUUACACGGAUAAACGGGGCAGGCGACUGAGUGCCAUCUUCUUGAGGCUGCCAUCUCGGUCUGAACUUCCUGACUAUUACGUCACCAUUAAAAAGCCCGUUGACAUGGAGAAGAUCAGAAGUCAUAUGAUGGCAAAUAAAUACCAGGAUAUUGAUUCCAUGGUAGAGGACUUUGUCAUGAUGUUCAAUAACGCUUGCACAUAUAACGAGCCAGAGUCUUUGAUUUAUAAAGAUGCCCUGGUCCUGCAUAAAGUUUUGCUUGAAACUCGGAGAGAAAUAGAAGGAGAUGAGGAUUCUCAUGUGCCCAAUGUCACUUUGCUAAUUCAGGAACUUAUCCAUAACCUUUUUGUAUCUGUUAUGAGCCACCAGGAUGAUGAAGGCAGAUGCUACAGUGACUCCUUAGCCGAGAUUCCUGCAGUUGAUCCCAACUUUCCAAAUAAACCUCCUCUGACUUUUGAUAUUAUCCGAAAAAAUGUUGAAAAUAACCGCUACAGAAGAUUGGACUUGUUCCAAGAGAAUAUGUUUGAGGUGCUGGAGAGGGCAAGGAGAAUGAACAGGACUGAUUCGGAGAUUUACGAGGAUGCAGUUGAACUUCAGCAGUUCUUUAUUAAAAUUCGAGAUGAACUUUGUAAAAAUGGAGAGAUUCUUCUGUCACCAGCCCUCAGCUAUACCACCAAACAUCUUCACAAUGAUGUAGAAAAGGAAAAGAAGGAAAAGCUGCCCAAAGAAAUAGAGGAGGAUAAGCUCAAAAGAGAGGAGGAGAAGAGAGAAGCUGAAAAGAGUGAAGAUUCUUCUGGAUCAGCUGGGCUGUCAAGCUUGCAUCGGACUUACAGCCAGGAUUGCAGCUUCAAGAACAGCAUGUACCAUGUAGGAGAUUAUGUGUAUGUGGAGCCUGCUGAAGCCAAUUUGCAGCCCCACAUAGUCUGUAUUGAGAGGCUGUGGGAAGAUUCAGCUGGAGAGAAGUGGCUCUACGGCUGUUGGUUUUAUCGACCAAAUGAAACGUUUCAUCUUGCAACACGAAAAUUCUUGGAGAAAGAAGUUUUUAAAAGUGACUAUUACAAUAAGGUUCCUGUUAGCAAAAUUUUAGGAAAAUGUGUGGUCAUGUUUGUCAAGGAAUAUUUUAAAUUGUGUCCUGAAAACUUCAGAGAUGAGGAUGUCUAUGUCUGUGAGUCACGUUACUCCGCGAAGACAAAGUCUUUUAAAAAGAUUAAACUGUGGACUAUGCCUGUAAGCUCUGUAAGGUUUGUCCCACGAGACGUGCCCCUGCCUGUGGUCCGUGUUGCUUCUGUAUUUGCCAAUACAGACAAAGUAGAUGAGGAGAAACACUCUGAGUCAUUGGAAGACAGUAAGGUGGGAGAAAGUAUUCUUCAUCUUGAAAAGGACAAAGAAGAUGUUCCAGUAGAAAUGUCCAAUGGAGAACCAGGUUGCCAUUACUUUGAACAGCUCUGCUACAACGAUAUGUGGCUUAAGGUUGGGGACUGUGUCUUCAUUAAAUCACAUGGGUUAGUGCGACCUCGAGUUGGAAGAAUUGAAAAGAUGUGGGUGCGAGAUGGAGCUGCCUAUUUCUUUGGUCCAAUCUUUAUACAUCCUGAAGAAACUGAACAUGAACCAACAAAAAUGUUCUACAAGAAGGAAGUGUUUUUGAGUAACUUGGAGGAGACCUGUCCGAUGACUUGCAUUUUGGGGAAGUGUGUGGUUCUGUCAUUCAAAGACUUCCUCUCCUGCAGACCAACAGAAAUCUCCGAAAACGAUGUUUUUCUUUGCGAGAGCCGCUACAAUGAAAGCGACAAACAAAUGAAGAAAUUUAAAGGGCUGAAGAGGUUUUCACUCUCGGCGAAAGUUGUAGAUGAUGAAAUAUACUAUUUUAGAAAACCCAUAGUUCCUCAGAAAGAACCAUCUCCACUACUGGAAAAGAAGAUUCAGCAGCUAGAAGCGAAAUUUGCUGAGCUGGAAGGAGGUGAUGAGGACAUGGAAGAGAUGGGAGAAGAGGAAGGUGAUAUGACUGAAACACCUUCUAUGCCUCAGCUGCAGACCCCGUUAGCUAGUGAAUUGGAUAUAAUGCCUUAUACUCCACCACAGUCCACUCCCAAGUCUGUUAAGGGCAGCACCAAGAAGGAGGGAUCAAAAAGAAAGAUCAACAUGAGUGGGUACAUCUUAUUUAGCAGCGAGAUGAGAGCUGUGAUUAAAGCUCAGCACCCAGACUACUCCUUUGGAGAGCUCAGCAGGCUUGUAGGAACUGAAUGGAGAAACUUGGAAGCAACAAAGAAAGCAGAAUAUGAAGGCAUGAUAAGUGGCUAUCCACCGGUGCUGCCACCUUUGCAGGGCCCAGUUGAUGGCAUUGUUAGCAUGGGCAGCAUGCAGCCACUUCACCCAGGGGUGCCCCCACCCCACCAACUUCCGCCAGGUAUGCCAGGCAUCCCAGGCAUCCCACCACCCGGUGUUAUAGGCCAAAAUGUGUCCCCCAUGGUAGGCACUCCAGCACCAGGAGCAAGUCCUUUUGGACAGCAGAUAGGAAUCCUUGGCCCGCCGGGACAGCAGGCACCCCCUCCGUACCCCGGCCAGAGCCCAGCAAGUCAGCCGGUUAUGCAGCAGCCCACAACUCCCAUGUUCGUCUCCCCUCCACCAAAGACACAGAGGCUUCUUCAUUCUGAAGCAUAUCUGAAAUAUAUCGAGGGGCUUAGUGCUGAAUCAAAUAGUAUUAGCAAGUGGGACCAGACCCUUGCAGCACGAAGACGAGAUGUCCAUUUAUCAAAAGAACAAGAGAGCCGACUCCCUUCACACUGGUUGAAAAGUAAAGGGGCUCAUACCACAAUGGCUGAUGCGUUAUGGCGACUGCGAGACUUGAUGCUGCGCGACACCCUUAAUAUCCGUCAGGCAUACAACAUAGAAAAUGUUUAGUUGCAUAAUUGCUUCUUUCUUUGAUACCGGCGUAUAAGGAGUUUUGUGGAACAAUAGCUGUUUAGUUACUGGGUGGGAAGAGAUAACCGACAAUAAUUUGUAUUGCAUUUUACUGUACAUUGCAAGACCAUUUUUAUAUAAGGACACUUUUAAUAAGCAUAUUUCACUUUUUGUUAUAUUAAGUUGACUUUAUGAAAUACACGGAUUUUUGCAUAUGUUUCCUUUGUUUGAAAGGCGAUUUCAUAAUUGGUUAAGUGUAGUCAAGGAUUCAUCUUUCUUAUACUUUAUUGCUGAGAAUCUGAUGCCAUUGUUUUUAUAUAAAAAAAAGAAAAA